CCGGAAGACAACUGAACAACAGCGGAGUCCAGUGAAGACACGAAGCCGCAGCUGCAACUCACUCAACUCCCUGUCUCUCUCCUGAACACUGCACAGGUCGCCGCCUCCUGCUCCCCUCCCUCCCUCCCUCCCUCUCCCCCUGUGCUGGGGUUUCUACAGACUUUAACUCGGGCUGCUCAAAUUCUCGUCAGAACCAAAACACCGGACAAAUAAAGAGGGGAAAAAAAACACAACGGACGCGCUCUCGGGGGGUGAAAUGUGCGGCGCGUGUCGGUGUCUUGUGAGGAGAGGGUCCGACACUGAGCUGUAGUUUCUCAUCCCAGAGGCGAGGAAUGCAAUCUGAGCAUCAAUGUUUCACUGGGGCAAGUGGAAGAAGAGGAUGGGGGCCAACAGUUCUUCAAAGAGACCCGUGUUCGACGAGAAGGAAGAUGUGAACUUUGAUCACUUCCAGAUAUUGCGAGCCAUUGGGAAAGGGAGUUUUGGAAAGGUAUGCAUUGUGCAAAAGAGGGACACAGAGAAGAUGUACGCCAUGAAGUACAUGAACAAGCAGCAAUGUGUCGAGAGAGAUGAGGUCCGAAACGUCUUUAGAGAGCUUGAGAUCCUACAGGAAAUUGAACAUGUUUUUUUAGUAAAUCUCUGGUACUCGUUUCAGGAUGAGGAGGACAUGUUCAUGGUGGUGGACCUCCUGCUGGGAGGAGACCUGCGCUACCACCUGCAGCAGAACGUUCAGUUUAGCGAGGACGCUGUCAAACUCUACCUCUGUGAGAUGACACUGGCGCUGGACUACCUGCAGAGCCAGCACAUCAUCCAUAGAGAUGUCAAGCCAGACAAUAUCCUGCUGGAUGAGCAAGGUCAUGUUCACUUGACGGACUUCAACAUUGCAACAAUAAUAAAGAAUGAAGAGAGAGCCACGGCCUUAGCUGGGACCAAGCCCUACAUGGCCCCCGAGAUCUUCCAGUCCUUUAUAAGUGGAGGGUCGGGCUACGCCAUUGAAGUCGACUGGUGGUCACUGGGGGUGACAAUCUUCGAAUUGUUGCGUGGAUGGAGGCCCUAUGAUAUACAUGCCAGUAACUCAGUGGAGUCGCUGAUUCAGCUCUUCAGCACAGUCAGCGUGCAGUACAACCCGGCCUGGCCCAAGGACCUGGUUUCCCUCUUGAGGAAGCUGCUGACAGUGAACCCAGAGCACCGUUUCUCCUGCGUGUCCGACAUGCAGACAUCUCCCUACCUCGCUGACGUUAACUGGGACGCCGUGUAUGAGAAGAAGAUGGAGGCCGGAUUUGUACCUAAUAAAGGUCGCCUCCACUGCGACCCCACCUUUGAACUGGAGGAGAUGAUCCUGGAGUCGCGUCCUCUUCACAAGAAGAAGAAGAGGCUGGCCAAGAACCGGUCUCGAGACAACAGCAAGGAUUCACAGUCUGAGAAUGACUACCUACAGGAGUGCCUUGAAGUGGUGCAGCAAGAGUUCAUGAUCUUCAACCGGGAGAGGUUGGACAGGCGUCCGGACGAGGGCCAGUCAGAGGCCGGUGCCGAUGAUGCCAGUGGAGAUGGGGAGAGGGAGGCCGAAGCCGGGGCCACCAGCGAUGACGCACCUGAGCCUGAACCUGAUCCCGGUCCUGAGCCGGAGCCCGAGUCCUCCUCCAAGCGGAGCAUGUGCGGCUCGGUGUGCUCCUCCCCCGGCAGCUGCUAGCACCACAUCGCCUCACAGUGACGAUUGCAGGUCUCUCUGGCCGCUGCAGUGUUUGUGCCAUACCAGUAGAUAGGUUCUCACCUCUCUCCUCUAUUGUAGCUAGGGGUGGAGGAAACGCACAGCAGGGCAACUUGGAGCACAGCAGGACCUAAAGUGGCCCCCACCAUUUCUCUUAUCUUUUCAUUUUUUUUCUGUAGCAUCCUUCCGGUAAGGCAUGAAUGAAGCAGAGUCCCAGAGAGUCCCCACCUAGAGUAAGCUCUAACUUCUAUGCAAUGUUACAGUAUAGCAUGACAAAUAAGGUAUCAGUUACAAGGAGGUGUUGUUCAGGAGCAGAGAGCCCCACGAGCAUGAUGACAUCCCGAGCAAUAGCGGUGCUGGGUUUUAGUGGGAUUGGUGGUUUCGGGAGAGACGUAUCCCCCCCCCCUCAGACUUCCUGUUCAAAAUCUGAUGGGGUCGACUGAAUUAUUCAGCACACGCAGGCACUCAAGUUUAUGUUAUUGCCUGUGUCUUCUUCCUUCUGCCCUUUUCAUGUAUUGUGUGCCCUAAUUCCAAAAAAUCAUUUUUCCCCUGGAGCGCCUUCCUUCUAGUGUAACACCUUUAUGAGACACAAUAAGCGUUAAUGGCUGUUUUCAAGCGAGCGAGACAGUGUGGCUGGUUUUCAUGUUGUAAACCUGUUUAAAGUGACGCCUGUUGAUGAUAAUUACUUUUUGUGAAUAACAGUGUAGCCAUGCUUGUUUGAUUUUCCUCCUUAAGCAUUAACCAACUUGUUUCUCUGAGCUUUUUUAGGAUGACCGCGCACGGGAAAUCUAUUGGAAAUUAGUGCAGCAAUCAAGAUGAAAGGUUUCACUUGUCACUGCUUUGGUUCCCAAGAUGUAGUGUUUUAGCUCGCGCUCUUAUUCAAAGAGCAUUCAGAAGCUCGGCUGUGAGGAAUAAAUAUAAACAAGCUACAGUCACCUCCUUUAAUAAUCAUUAGAAUGCUCUAUUUGCUUCACUAGACACCAUCAUCUCUUUAAGUGCUUGGUUAGUAUAAAGAUCAUCUCCAUCUAGAGUUUAUUUUGGGGCUGAACUUAAAUGUGUAGCUGUGUCCUGUUGGUAUAGAUGAGAUAUGCUAUUACUGUCAUCAUGAUAGUGUUACAUUUAAGGUGGCACCAUUGAUCUCAGUCUGAACACUUGGGAACAUGUAGCAAAAGUCCACCUUAAAACCCUAAGGCCUAAUAAAAUAAAAACCGUGUAAAUAGCAUAAAGUGUAGGUUAUUAAACUCACCACAGUUUUAUGUGGGACUUCGAACUCGACGUAUAAACUAAAGGAAGAGCUGCGUGAAGCUUCUAAUGCUUCGUUCUGCUCCUCUUUCCAAGUGUGCAGGCACAACUUGUAGGCAAAAUAUGCCAAAGCUUUUCUACCAUUUGCAUAACCAUUUCUAAGGAGCUUAAAGUGUGUGAAUGUAUGUCUCUGUUUCCCAGUACAACAUAAAGUCAGCGUUCCUUCUGCAAGUGAAAAAAAUACUAUCAUUUAUACAAUCAUAUUGUGUAUAAAGUAUCUAUUUCAGGUAAGGGGGUGACCUAAAAGUUAUAGUUUUGGGAAGUAUGUCUAUUCGCUUUUUAUCAAAAGGAUGAAAUGAGAAUAUAGAUGCUACCACUAAGUCGUGUAGAGCUGAGAGAUAAUUUGCCGUUCUUAUCUUAUCUUGGCUUAGCUUAGCUGAAUUUAACACAAAUACUGGUGUGUGUAUAAUCAAUAUCUAAAUUAUCAAUUAAAAUUAAUUCACAUACUCUGUUUGGCCAGGACUACAACCAGGAACAGUAUAUUUCCAGAUAUGCUGAGCAGAGGUUCUGAUUGGUUGGAAAGAAUAGUCGCAGUUACACUAGAUCCUUUUACACCAACAAAGUAAAUAUAUUUGUUUAAAUGCGUGAACAUAUUUCAGAGUUAAAAUUUGUGUGUUAAGUCUGGAUCUAAAGUGAAUUGGUAUGUUGAAAGAGUGAAUUUUGCAGCGAGCCCUUCUAGCUGUUUAGGAGAAUCUCGAGGGACGACGAGGCAGCAGAAGACAUCAGGAGGCUCCAUUUCCAUGGUGCUCCUGCUAACCUGGCUGCAUGUACCGAGAAACCUUAUCCUGUUUUAAAAACCACAGUUAUGAAUCCUCUCAACAGCCUCCAUGUCUGGUAUCAUUUUCACUCUGUGUUAAAGAGGAGGACUGGCCAGUAAGUAAUGGCCAAAGAUCCCCCCCAAAAAACAGAGACUGAUGAUAAACAAUCAUUUCAUAGGGUAGGGUAACUCUGUAGCACUGCCGUGGCUUGUUGUCAAUAAGGUCAUUUGAGGAGGAGGAUUCUAUCAGUCCCAGGAGUGAGUUGACAGACCGCUAUGUUACGUUACACCGUGGGCGGACGCAGUUUAACUCUACUAAAAGACAACUCCCCGUCCAGUAGGUUUAACAUGGAUUAAACGUCCUAAGCACUUGAUGAAGAACUUUACAGUAUAUUGUCUCAGUGGCUGUAUUUAAACUUGCAAUGGUCGUCCCAUUGAUUCUUCAAAGUUUAGCUCAGUUCAGUUUAUUUGAAGUUUUUUUAAAGGUAAAAUUUAAAUACUUUUGUUGAAAAUAAUUCACAAAAUAGAUAAUCAGCAGCAAUAUUUCAUUUUACAAAUGACAUUUGGUAUGUCCUUUGCUGCUCGCUAUCGUUAGCCACUGGUGAACCAACAUUCAGUUGUAUUCCUCUUUUUUUUAUGGUUUUGUGAAGAGUACUUUUUGAUUUAUAAUAGAUACAUUGUCUUACUUGCUACGCUAUGUUAGCAAAGCACUCCUGGUGGAGGCAGUUUACUUCUACCUAAAGAGGCAAUAGACUCCAGAUUGAGGAAGUCAACAAUAACUCUGAGUUCCGAUAUUUUUGUAAAAUUUUAAAUGAUUGAUCCCUUCACUAUACCAGUUAUUAAUACCAAGUAAUUUAUGGCCGAGCUGUGUAAGUCAGCUAACAGUAAACAUGCUUACAGAUCAGCCGGGUAGCAUUAGCGGUAGCAAUCUUCUCAUCUCACCCUCACAAAGAAGGCAAAUAAGUGUACUUCCCAAAAUGUUAAAGUAUUUCUAAACACUAUACAUCAUGAUUAGAUUAAGAAGCUUCUUUAAAGUGAUUUAAAAGUGGCAUCCUCAAAGUUCGGCAAAAUAUAUGAGGAGUUUAAUACUAUCAAGCCCUGUGCUUUCUUUUUGCAUGUACCUUUAUAGUAUAAGCCUGUUCCUGCCAAAGUCUUGAGCUUGAGCCUCUACUGGCCGAUUCGUGCAUGCACAAGCUUUUGGUAAUAGCUUACCUUGGUACUCACCGCAUUAUCGACACAGUCCAUAUCAGAGUGUAACUGGCCUGCGUCAUUGCUCCUGGACAGUGAGUUUUGUGAACUUUAAACUGUAAAAAAUCGUGUAAUCCCACUGUUAUAUGGACGGCAUGAUAUUUUUAGAUGAUAUGCAGUACCUUUGGCAUCCUGUAGGCUGUCGUGAUGCUCUGUUCAAGCAUACAGGCUUGUACCCUCGCUGUAUGAGCAAGUUGAGGCCAGCGGCUCUGUGUGAUGAUCUGUUGUGGGUUAAGUGUUGCGUUAUUGUUUGUGCAGAAAGAUGAAAUUGGAACUGGGGCAGGUUUUCUCUUCUCCCCGACACAGAAUUUGCUUCAUUAUUAAAAUCACUGAAUGUCUCCAUUCGUGGAAAAGAAAGCUCAAUCAUUUCUAAGACUCUUUAAAUGAGAAAGCACAUCAUCAGAGUUAGCACAGGCCUGAAAUGGAUGUGUUCAAUUAUAUGUUCGUCAUCUGUAAAUGGAUUAAAAACUGACUUUGGCGGUUCAUUUAAGUGUAGCUUUUCUCUAAGUUACAAUACUAAUCUACGGUUUUGACAUUUGUUCCUUGAUAUCAGUGAUCAUUCCUAAUUGGGCCGUGCUUGCAAACCCUACUGACAUGUUUCUUUGUGUGUUAAUGUUCUGGAUGCUGUUAGGUGUUUUAAAAAAAAGGCAUUGUGCUAGUGUUUGACCAGCAGCAGCAUGUCUCCUAUGAUUGAUGCUCUCAAGGCGUACCAUACUGUAGAUGUCUUUAUCUCUGUGGAUACAGUUUGAAACUCAGUGGCCUGGUGAGAAAACAAAUCCAGAAGAAAACGUGAUUUAUGCUUCUCUUUUCCUCCUUGUGAUCCUAAUUUGCAUAAUGCUCUUGUGCUGUAGGAUUUCUUUUUUCACAGGGAGUCAGUGAAAGCCUUGUGACUGUACCAGCUGAAAAUGCUCUGUGUGUUUAAAAACAUGCUGCUUUAACUGCUUUGAUAACGAAAUAAAACUCCUUCUAGUAAUUUUA